AACAAAUAAUCUCAAUAAAUAAAAUAUAAUAUAAAACAAAUAAAAAAAUAACUAAAAAUACAAAUUAACUAUUUGUUUAACUUAACUUUACCACAAUAUGACAUCAUUUCGAAGAAUUUUACAAAAAUUACAUUACAUCUUUCAAGAUCACUAUCCAUGCAUAUGGUUCUUUUCUAUAUUCACAAUCGUUAUAGUGGGUUUUCUUCACUUUGAACUUAAGCAAAAUAAUAAGGAUUUGAUCUAUUGGAAAAAUCUUGUACAAUUCUGUUAUCAUGAGUUGGAACAAUUUGCCAUAAUGUUGAUUAUUUUGGUGAUUAUGAUAAAAAUAAUAUUUGUGGGUGUCAUAAUAAUGUCGAACACACAUACGGUACAUUGGUAUGAUGAAUUGACCCAACUGGAGGUAAAGAAACGUUAUGCCGAUUUUCUAUUAUUACGUCUUAUAGCCGAUAUUGAUAACAUUGAAACGAAAUAUUUACGCAAUAAUAAGACAAGUGAUAUUAUAACUUUGAAAAGUUUCAUUUUGGCUCAUGAAAAUAUGAAGAAAAGUGUAGAGAAUUUUCGUAAAGAUGCACGCAAACUAAUGACACCUAAUGAAGUGGAAAUAACACUACCGAUUGAAGAGGUCUAUGGAGUUUUAGAAAAUGAAAUGCUUUACCUAAGAAGAUCAAGAUUUUGUAAUAUGGAUAUAGAAACUAAUGAGGGUUUGAUUAAGAAAUUAGUGAAUCCUUGAAAGUUGUUUAAAUUAAGGUUUUUUCAGUAAGUUUGCAAUUUUUAAAUGUUUAGCGUUUUAAUGGAUAUUAAAUUAAAGCAAAAAAAGAAACUUCAAGGGAAAUUUUUAAUAAAAUUCAUAGAAAGAUUAUUUAAAGAAUCGUCAGUUAUUAUUU